UCAGUACCUAAUGUACAACUCAGCGAACAGUCCAGUCCAAGCCUCGCUCUCCUCGAGGCGUACGUUGUGUGUUUUGCUUCUCCUCGCGAGGAUGUGUUCCGUCAACACACCCUUUUUCCGUUGGCGUAGAUAAUAUUUAGGGAAAUGACACAACUAGUGGAGUGUGAUUGAUAGCUAAGAAGCACGUUUUCGCAUAGUUAAACGCACAAAUUAGAAUUAAUUCGCCUAGAAUGGUGCAAAUUGCAUGUGAGAAUUUCGAUUGAAGUGAGAUGAGGACCCCCUCUGUAAUUAGUAUAUUGUCGUUCUUUUAAUGGUUGUGUUUGGUUCGUUCCUUUUUGCUUCAGACUGGUUAUAACGACCAGUUCGGUUCACCAAGUGUGAGUGCGGUCACGGUUAAGGUUUAUACGGUCUCGUAGUGCAAUGUGUGGGUUCGUUCGUAAAGUGCAUUCAUUCUGUAGUGUUUUGAAUCGUCCUGCUUAAUGUACAUUCAUUCUGCCUACAAUCGGGAAGGUGCUGUUUUUUGUAUAAUAACAACACCUUAAUGGUGAACGGUCGAACGCGUUAGUGGGAAGCAGAUGAUAAGUGUGGCGAUGAAAUAUUGUUUGAUUAAGAGUGUAUGCAAUAAUGAAAGUUAAUGAGAAUAAAUAAUUAUUAAAUGGUGUUCUAAUAAAUAUGUCGAUAAAUAGCUAAUGUAGCUAAUGCAAUCUAACGCACAAAAUAUAAAACUAAGUAGAAAUUAUUCAACUUUAUAUUCAUCUAUACCCCAAGACGAUUGAUCAAUAUAAAAACAUCAUACAUACAUAGUUAGAACAUUGGGUGCGCAAAAUGACCGACUCGCAAUACCUCCUCCAUCUGCGGUUGCGGCGCGAAGAGCUGUACGAUUUAGACAUCGAAGACAUCAAAGAUGAACUGAUAACGAAUAAAAUUUUUACCCGAGCCGAAGUCGCAGAGAUACUUGCCGAACAAAAGGAUGACGAUCGAUUGGAUUUGCUUUUCCUUAUACUCGAACAGAAACAUCACAAAGGAAAUGUCCUACUUGUCAGUGAAUUCCUGGAUGUUCUCAAACCCUACUAUAACUGGAUCGUUGAACAACACACUGAAGAUCUUAAAAACGGUAGCACCGGGCCUAUCAUUCGCUUCAUUUCCUAUCUCAACAAUACAACUGUUCCAAGCAUUGAUGAGCUCAAUGUCUACAGACGGGAGCAGCUGUGGCAGAUCCAGAAGUACCUAAAACAACUGAAGCAUGGUGUGAACGGUCAACGAUAUCUUUUCGUACACGGAGGCUUUGGUACGGGCAAGUGGACACUGGUGAGUCAAACUUGCGCAAACUUCUCCAUCGCCCACCACAUGGAGUUUCACAUAUUCUACCUAAGUUUGGCCAACUGCAAAACGGAUGUGCAAAUUCUCGAGCAACUCGAGCAUCUCAGCCAUCAGAUGGAAACCGACUACAAAAGCGACGACGUCGCCUACAAUGGACGCUAUCCCACCAACGAAAUCUACCUUCGCAGGAAGCGCCUGAUCCAGCUGUUCGAGAAUCGCUUCCGUUCCAGCCUGCUUAUUCUGUCGCACGUUCGUGAUCCCACUUUGAUUGAAAAGUUUGACCUGAAAUGCAAAACUUUGGUCGUCACCAGUAGUACCGAAGUCAUCAACAAAGUGAACGAAAACGAACGGUUCGUCGUUAACCUGGCCUUCGGAUUCACCGAGGACGAAAGCAUGGAACUCUUCGGUAAGGCACUCCGCCUGAAAUCGGGUCAUCUCCCGGUGGAAGCCCACCAAAUUCACCGGAGGUGCAAUGGUAACCCGUUCGUCAUCAAACUUAUAGCCCGGAAGAUGUCCGAUUACGCGAAAACGUACAGCACGGUAGCGACCGGCGUCGUGCUGGACGUGUGGCAGAAAUUGGCCCAAGAUUUGCACAACCAUCCGAUUGCGAUCGAAAACUCCACCAUCCGGUCGAUAUUGGACCAGUUGAGCGAAAAGGAGCAGAAAGCAUUCCGCGAUUUGGUGAUCUUCCGGGACAAUGUUAAAAUCCCUCACAGUGUUCUACAACGUUAUUGGGGCAUGACAGCGGAGGACACGGAAUUGCUUACAUCGAAGCUUAUCAGCAAAGGCUUGCUGGACAAGCGGAUCUCCAAUCAGCAGGACUUCUACAUCCUGCACUAUGUAUGUUAUAGCUUCCUAUGCAAGGAAAAGCCAGGUGAAACUUAUGCUAACCUUCAUCGUCGAUUGGUCGAAAGCUAUAGAAUAUCUGACGCACUCCGCCACCGGACCGAACUGGACUUGCUAAAGUUUUUCCCAAAUGAUCACUACUUCCACUACUACAUCGCGAUUCACCUGGAGAAAUCGGGUUUGCACCAGCUUUUUCCGGACCUUUUCACAGACUUUGGUUUCCUGGAGCAGAAGGUACGCUACACGGGUCUACCGAAUACGGUUGGCGACCUGCGGGUGUUUCAGGAGUACAUCUUCACCCGUAUGGGAAAUCCUGAGUUCUACGCCGAAAUGCUGACAGAAUUUCUCAUGGGGGCGGAGGUUCUGCUGUCCAAAUCGGCGGACACAUGCCUCUUGCAACUUGCUUUGAACUGUACCGGAAUGAUUGCGGAUGAAGCGAAGGUGCAAGCUAGUCAAUUCAAUAACCGAGUUUGGUUUUGCGACAUCGAUCACACUCAUCAGCACCAGUUGGUUCAGGUGCGCAGCACUCCGCACAAAGUACGAUUUCAAGACACAGGAUCCGCGCUGGUUAGCUUGGAUAACAAUCAAAUCUCCUUGGUUGAUCUCUCGCCAUGGUAUUCUGCUCCGGCCACCAUAUUCGACGGAAACCAAGGUCGAGUGAACGAUAUGCAGAUGAUCAACAAUGUACUCAUAUCGUUGGACGAUAAGGGAACGAUCAAUGUAUGGUCUACGAAGAAUAUACCACAGGACCGAAAUGUUCGACAGCAUGGAAGUGAUGGAAACUUUCGCAAAAGAGCUCAAAGCCUACGUUCUUUGAAUUAUAACACAGAUCCUUUUGCGAGUUUCUGUAACGUGCAGAAGAGAGGCUUUUCCAAUAUGGCUAGUAAUGCUUCAUCCGACUUGUUUGCCAUCACCAGAGAUGGAUUUUUAUAUUUCUACGAAGGAGUAAGCUCUUUUACACAGACAAACUUAUGCAACACUAGAAUCAUAAACACAUAUAUGAUCAAACCAUUGAUAGAUGGAGUAUCCAAAAUACCAAAACUGCUCUUCCUCACUGACGACAAUAUGGCGCACAUCUUCAAUUUAACCUCAACCAGCGUCGAGUACAGCUUCGAGGAACCCCAAGUUGUUAACAUCCACUACAUACACCCUAGACUUAUAUCCGUGGGUCCAAAUCAAAUCCGUUCGCGCACUUUUUGUCGGGAUCAACGUAGUCAGUUGAAAACUGACCGCUUGGAAGUGAUCUACGAAACGCCAUUCCAUCAUCAGAACACGUGUAGCGCCAUAUCGGACGAUAAUGAGUACAUCAUCUUGGGUACCACGCAAGGGAUCUCCAUCUUCAGUAUCCGAGACCACGUGGAAGUCCUCAGAACCAACAUCAGUCACAACAUUCUGGAUGUGGACAUUUAUUCGUUGGAUGACGACCGUUACCGAUACAUUUUAAUCUCCUCUUCCGAGGACAGUGAAAACGUUAUCAAUAUGUACUCGCUCAUGGUAACUGCCAACAAUCAGCUGGUUAGCAAUCAGUACCAACUAGGGGGCAACACAAACUUCCUGGUAGAUCUGGAUCGUGACCCAGUUACUAUAAAAACGAUCGAUCGCAGGCGCAUCAUCCAGAAGUUGCAAUUUUCUACCCUCCAUGAACGGGACGAUUUCGAUAAGUUGACGCCCGCCUGCGAGAACGCGCCACUGCCAAGCGAAAUCCAACAGUUGAUUCAGUGUCGAUCCGGGUACUACAUUGGGCUUAGAAAUGGCGAUGUUCUUCGGUUACCGCAGUGGUGCAAUCCCAAAGGUGGACCUGCUCCAGAAAUCGUACUCUGUUUAGAUGAGCCUAUUAGCCUGCUGAAGUAUUACGAUGAUAUCCAGCUGUUGGUGGCCGCUACUGAGAGGAGCUGUGUGAUAGUCAUCGAUAGCAAAAUAGAACACAAGAUCGGCAAUGAAAUUUGCGAAUGCUACUUGUAUUCGGAUCGGUAUUUGGUGCUAAUAUAUGAGAAUUGCAGCGUUGAGAUAUUCAACGCGCAAACCAAGAACAUCGAGAACCAACUCUCUCUAAGACUUACUUAUGGUGCAUCGACAUUCAAUGAGCAAUGUCUAAUCAUUUGUACAAGCAAUGGUGCUAUCAACCAACUGGAAUUCAGCUCAGAUGAGAACGAUUGCCUACAUAUAUACGUUAAACAUAGCUAUGGUCCGUCAGAAAACGGCCCGCUAAAGUGGAUUUCCAGCUGUGCCAUGUCUACUAACGGAGAAAUGCUUGCCGUCGGAUAUAAACGAGGUGCCAUAGAGGUGUACAACAUAGAGGAACGCAAACUGAUCGCCACACUUGAAUCGCACAAACGAGAAGUGGCUUCACUGUACUUCAGUCCCUGGCAGGACCCCAACAGCCCCCACAUACUGGUCAGCAUUGGAGAAGAGAUCGUGUUCUGGAGUUUGGACUAUGUGAUUAACAAUCCCCGGUUAGAUUCCAAUGACGUCAAAAGACGCUCCAACCGCUACAAAUCACGGUCUUCCAUCGUUUCCCCAGCCAUGGAAAUCCAUCAUCGAUCGUCAUUCGGCAGUCGCUCAUCGGGAUUAUCGUCGCCACUGGCUGGCAGUCCCGCUCGAAACGGAUCGUUCACCUUCGACAUAGACGAGGCCGAACUCCAGUGGUCCACUAAGGUUGGUCCGUCCAACAAGCCCCAAUUGCUCUCAUGCAUUAAACUGAUCGGCUCGGCCAAGAAACUAGCAAUCAGCAGAGAUUUCAAAAAGUUCUUCACCAUAGAUGACGAAGGAUAUCUCUACUACCUGAGAUUGUACCAAACAGAUCGUAACGCACUGGCCAGCCGUUUCGAGUCCCCACCGAUUCGGGUCCACUCUGCUAACGGUUCUUUCCUCAUCUGACUAAUAUCCCGCGGAGUUACUCGAACGGUGCUGACAUCAAUCUACUACAUGUUAAUGUACAUUUUCUAUACUGCGAUACUGAAUUGAUUAGCAUUUUUGUAUUGGUGCCAAAAUGCACAUGUUGACGUUUUGAAUGACGCAACAUUACGUGUUACUCCCGAUUUAUAUACAACUUAAGAAUAUUGUGCUAAUUGACACAAGAUCAAACUGAUCAAACUAGACUGUAAGCGAUAAAGACAUAAGCGUAAUGAGAGUGAUAGAUUUUUUUUGAAAAAAAUUUGAGAGGCAAAGACACAAAUUUACAAAUUUAAGAAAAUUGUUCUUAUAUGUUAAAGAAAAAAGUUUUGCCUAUACAGACUUAGAAAAGUUUAUAUCGCAAUCGUGAGAAAAAAGACCUGAUACGAUAAAUUGAAAAAUACGGUUUUAAACGAAAUUUUAGCAAUCUUUAGACGCAUUUCGAUAGUGAAGAUAAAUUUUUAGAUUGGUUUUAUAUUGUAUCACACUCUGGCAUUUACUUAUUUGCAUAAAUGGAUUAUUUCGAAGUUUAUUGCUCAAAUGCUGCAUUUGUUAGAUAUAUUUGAUAUAUGCUAAAUAAAUACAUUUUUUUUUUUCAUUAUGUUUAGCUUUAUAAAAAUGAUUUCAUUUCCGUUUCCAUUUAUUAUUCCAAUCAUAUGACAUCGUGCUCACAAACUCCUUUUUCUUCCAUCCAUCUUUUUAAGUAGAUUAUUUCCCAUUUCAAUAGGAAAGCGCAAUGAAAUAAGUGAAUUUUA